AUGGAAGUCUCUAAUCCCCGACGGAUACUGGCCGUCAACCUCACCGGCUCAUCACCCUCAUCCUCUCCAUCCCUCGCCGGCUCAACGCACAAUCUCCCCCUCAAAACGCAAUACUACACCGCCACCGUCCCCAUAUGGCUGGACCUCAUCGCCUCGCCGUCCGAGUGGUCCGCAUCCUUUCUAUCCGAUGAAGCAGGCGAAGUGCUCGCUGUGCUAGGCGGCUUGAUUCUCAUCUUUGCACUUCCAGAAUCGUCAGACGUCGAGAAGGCUCGCGACCUCAUCAGCCACGUAGGUCAAGUUGUUAACGAAGGUUUGGGGGGCUGGGAAUGGGACGGCGUCCGACUUGCCGUUGGUGUGGGGGAAAGCGAUGCAGAUGAGUGGGAUGAGUUGUGUGCGGAGGCGGGUUUGGAGUUCGUCCAGUUGGGUGGGAGGCAGGUCACUUUGAACGAAUUUGAGAAAACGGGCAUUCCUCGCGUCAAGGAGGCCCUCGAAUCAAAUGACUGGGCACAGGAACCGUCUGACGCAGACGACUUCAAUCCCGUGUCUGACGACGAAACGGAGCAUCUGGAUCCUGAAAAUCUAGACUUUGGCUACGACCGCGCGGAUUUUGAGGGUCUUAAGAAGGCGAUAUGGGAGGCUAGGCCAAAGGACCAUGCUGAGCCUGCUGAAGGCCCUGCAUCCAAAGAGAAUGCCGGGCAUGAGGGAGGUGGAGAUGAACUGGAUGAUGAUGAGGUUGUCAAGGUGGAGAGGAUGAUGCGCAAGUUGCAGGCUGUGAGGGAGGCUGGUGAGGGAUUACCUGAGGCGCAGAGGAAGAGGAUGGCUGCGAGGGCGGUGGAGGAGGUGAUGAAGCAGCUUUGA